AUGUCCGUGACGGGACAUUCAGAUGUCGACAUGGAGUCGGCAUCUGCCUUCUCACCUUCUGAGCCCUCCAUAGAUGGUGUAUUCGUGUCAAAGCAUAAUCAGAGCGCAGAAAUCUAUCAGAUCUUCAAAGAAGACGUAGAUGCGCUACUUUCUGGCAGAACUCCACAACUUGAACAGCCAUCGCUGAUACAGGUCAUUGUUAAUUUCAAGUUAAUCAGCUUGGUGCCAAAGCGUACAGUUAUUUACAAAGAGACCUCAUUGUUGUAA